AGUGUUGGACCGAGCCGGAGCCGGAGCGAGCAGCACACUACAAUAUUAUAACAUCACUCGCGUAUAAAUAUAGGAUUUAAUAUAUUAUUUAUAUACAGAGUGUGCUUUCCAUCACGAUGAGAGGUCUCCUGUAUACAGUGUGCGCGUUUGGGCUGUGCGCUUACGCGCUGGGCAAGGACGAAGCCGCCGUCAACAAGGACGCGGCGGUGGACGGUGACAAGAAGUCGUCCGCGGACAAGACCCAGGACAAGAGGAGUCUGUACGACACCGGUUACGGUUACGGUUCCGGUUCGAGUUACGGAUAUGAUGUAGGUGUCGGCGGUGGCGAUUACCACGGUCACGGUCACGUGCUGUCCAAAACCAUCAUCAAAGAGGUGGCGCACCCAUACCCUGUGCCUGUCGAGAAGCACGUGCCGUACCCCGUCAAGGUGGCCGUACCAGUGGAUCGCCCGUACCCGGUGCACGUACCCAAACCUUACCCUGUGCACGUCGAGAAACCUGUGCCAUACCCCGUCAAAGUGUCCGUGCCACAGCCAUACCCAGUGAUCAAGGAGAUCCCAGUACCAGUCAAGGUGCCCGUCGACCGCCCGUACCCAGUACACGUGCCAAAACCAUACCCAGUGUACGUCGAGAAGCACGUCCCAUACCCAGUCGAGAAACACGUGCCGUACCCAGUCAAAGUUCCAGUCGACCGCCCUUACCCCGUGCACGUGCCCGUCGAGAAGCACGUCCCUUACCCCGUCGAGAAGCAUGUGCCUUACCCAGUCAAGGUGCCAGUCGACCGCCCCUACCCGGUCACAGUCGAGAAGCACAUACCGUAUCCAGUCGAGAAGCCCGUCCCAUACCCGGUCGAGAAGCUCGUCGCCUAUCCGGUCAAAGUUCCUGUGAAAGUCGAAGUCCCAGUACCGUACCCGGUCAAGAGCCACGACCACCACCACAGCCAUCACGAUGACUACCACCACAGCAGCUACUAACUAAAUGGACACGGCAUUAAUACGCAUUUAUCGCAUCGAAAGGGUUUUCCGUAACCGCAAAAUGGUUACCACUAAUUUGUUAAGUACUUUUUUAAUUUUUUUUUGUUUUUUUUUUUACUUUGUAAAUAUUAAUUUUAUGAUAUAAAAUUUAUACUUCCUAUACUAUUAUCUUUAAACGAAAUUAAUUUUAAUUAUAUAACGGAAUUAAAAACAUUUUCUCUAGACUUUGACUGUUACCGACUAAGAUCUUUUUUUUACGACCUUAAAUUAACUUUUAUUUUUGUAUAUAUUAAACUUUUAUCUCCCCAACCCUCUCUUCACCUAUACCAUAAUCAGCUAUUCUCCUCUUUGGCAACAAAAAAAAGCUCUACAAAGGAAACUGUAUAGGGACAAUAUUAUUUGGGAUGAUGUAUAAUGCAGUAUGAAUAAAGUUUAUUUUUCUUUGACA